GGGCAGGGCGCGCCCCGUCCGCUCGGAGCGGCGGGGCCCCCGGCAGCCGCUGUGGCGGGAAAUGAGACCACGCCCCCUCCGCUCCGCCAAGAACGGAACCGCCGCGGUGGGGACGGAGCGCAGGUGGUCCCCUUUUCCCCCAUUUUUUAGGCUGAUUCCUCUUUCCCAGUCCUUGUGUCCCAGGAGUGACCCCGUUUCCCUGCGGGAUUUCCUGCCCCGAUGGCGAGGGACGAGCGGGCGACGUUGCUGGAGGUGUACCAGGAGCUCCCGGAAGAGCAAUUCCAGGACCUGAAGUACCACCUGGAAAGGCAAAUUCCUGCCGGGCUUGUGCUCCAGGCAUCUCGCCCGGAGGUGUGCCGGAUCCUCCUCCAGCGCUUCCCGGGGAAUUCCCUGCGUGUGACCGCCCGGAUCCUGCGGCAGAUCGGCCGCCUCGACCUCAUCCAGCGCUUCCAGCUGCCCCUGGAAGAGCAAAUCCCGGAAGAAACCCCCGGGGAACCUAACGGGGACACCCCCAACGUGACGGGGGACCCCACUUCAGGACAUCAUCCUGGAGGGAUUCCAGCUCCACCCGUGAAUCCCCGACGCUUGACGGAGAAGGAUUUGAUGGAAGUCGCCCAAAGAAUAGGAAAAGAGUGGCAGGAGGUGGGAAUCAAGCAUCUAGGGCUGGAGCAGAGCCGGCUGGAGCAGAUCCAGGUGGAAAAUCCCAACAAUUCCAUCAUGUGGGGCUUCGAGAUGUUGCGGGAGUGGCAGCGGCGGGAGCGACAUGAAGCCACGGCAUCCCGGCUCCUAGCCUGCCUUGAGCAUGCCCGUCUUGAUCCCAAAAUCCUUGACUUCCUCCAGAACCUCUAGGGGAAUUGAGGGACCCCCCCCAAACUCAAUUUUUGGGGGAGUGUGAUAUCAAAUUAAUACAAAAUGGAGACCAUUAAAUACUGUUUUAUUCCA